UUGUCAAUUUGUCAUAAUUAAUUAUUGUUCUGUUAUCUUGAGGUGCUAUAUACUCUGUAUCAUCCACUUUUUUUUCCAAUUAUGAUUAACCCCAAAUGCUAAUUAUGUGAAGGUAGUGUGAUAGAUGCCAUCAUCAGCCCUUUUACUGUACCAUUCAUUGUGAUUGUCCUUCAACUUGAAGCCAUUUUUUUUUUCCUCAAGAGAUAGUAGUAAUAAGUAAAAUAAUUACACAUUUUGCUGAAUGAUAAAAGCAUGGAGCGUCUUUAUCAUAACAUUUGGUUCUUUGACUAGGCAGAUAUGAAAAAUAAGAUUUGUGUGAAUGUAUGGUAAUUAAUUUGUUAUUUCCACACUCAAUGUAUGCUGCACUUCACACUAACUUUGAUUAUUUACUCCAUUUAAGAGUCCAUACAGUAAUAGAAAACCAAUUUCAGCUACUUAUUCUAAUUUCUUUAGUAUACUAAAGUGUUCACAGCAUGGCUUCUACUACUGUUCUUAUUUUUUCACUUCUAUUUGUUUUUGUACCUACAACCCUUUCACAGACCUUUGGUAACUUAUCUGCAGGGCCCACCGUGUCGUCGUGUGGGCCACUACUGCUUCGAUUGGCUCCCUGUGGACCGUUUGUGCAGGGCGCAUCGCCAUCACCGACUGAGCAGUGUUGCAGUAACCUCAGGCAACUCUAUAUCCAGCAACCAGAUUGCCUUUGCCUGUUGCUCAAUCAAACUGGCAUCAGCACUCUUCCUAUCAACACCACAUUAGCACUUCAAUUGCCACUUCUUUGCAGUAUGCAUGUUGACAAUGAUACCUGUUCAGGUUCUGAAGGACUGGCUCCUAGGUCAUCAACGCCUCAAGUUUCAUUCGAGACAAAUAACAAUUCAUCUGUUGCUGCUUCGCCGAUGGUGACAGUACCACCUAAAACGUCCAGCACUUUGGGAUUUGGCUUUAACAACAGCUCUGCUGUAAACUUCAACGCGAAGGAGAGCUUGAUGAUCAUCACAGUGCUAACUUCUUGGGGUGCAUUAUUCUGGUUCUAGCCGUUGUUUCCAUAUUGUUUGUCUAGUCAUUAUUUAGACUUGAACUUUAGCUCAGACAUAAUAUGUAGCAAGUAGAAUAUGCUUCAGUACAAGUUAUUGUUCUAUCACAGAUUAGUUUGUCCACA